AUGUCUGUUAUCAAAGAUUAUACUGCGCAAUUGAAAGAAAUAAAUCAAUUAAACAAUGCUAACCAAUAUAUACAAAUUGAAAAACAAUUGGAUUAUUUAGAUAGACAUGAACAAAUGAAAAUAUGUCAAAAAUCAUUAUUUGCGACUCAUAUAAAAUAUACACAUUGUGUUCAAUGUCAAAAAACAGUACUUUUGUCUUUAACAAUUAAUUGUCAAUUUUGUGGUAUGAAUGACAUUUGUCUUGAUUGUUGUGAUAUUAUAGAAUAUCAUUUUCCUCCAAAUAGAUUUAAUAGUAAAUUGGAGAAAUAUGAUAUUUAUUCAUGUUCAUUAUGCUCAACAAAAUAUAAAAAAUAUCUCAUUUAUAAACAAAUUCAAUUUGACAGAAAACAUUGGAAAGAAGUUUUAAUAUCAAAAUAUUAUAGAUCUUUGUUAAGGUUAAUUGGUCAAUUCGAUCAACAACAAAUUGAACUCUCUUCUUUACAAAAUGAAUUCUAUAAUUAUUUCACUAAUGAUAUUACACUCUUAGAGCCAAACUUAAUCAAUAGAAUAGAACAAGGUUCUAAUGCUUUACUCUUAUUCUCUAAAGAUUUAAGAACUCUUCAACAAGUAAUGAAAGAUCAAAAACUAACCCAAUUCAAUGCAAGAGAAAAAGAUGUAUUUACUUCUAUUAGAUCCCUUCUUCAACUAAAAAUGAAUGAUGUCCUUGUUACUGAAAAUGAAGUUACUAUUCUUAAAAGAACUAUUGUACCUUUCAAACCAAAAAAGAGUCAGAGUGUUCAUAACUUAUAUGGUAUGAAUUCGUUAAUUAACUUUAUACAACCUUCUUCAAAUGAUCAAUUUAUUAUUUCUCCUCGUAUUGUAAACUCAUUACCACAAAUUAUCACAAUCCAAUCUCAUUUGAUAACACCUUCUACUAGGUUCUUUAUUAAAGAUAAAGAAUUACAUAACAAAAUGGUUCCAAAAACUCCAGGUAAUUUUGCAUUUGAAUUAACAUCAGGAGUUGGUAUUAUUUCAUUAAGGUUUAGAGAACGAUUAACAACAUUUGAAAUACCUUAUGCCUUUUUUGUUGUUCUUGAUGCUAAAAAAACAAUAAAAUAA